AUGAAGAACGUUUACUGGCUUAUUCUGAAACUUGUCAGUUUUGCAACUCUUGGCUGCAUAUGGAUUUCUGUGGUACAGUGUACAGUUUUAAACAGCUGCCUAAAAUCAUGUGUAACAAACCUGGGCAGACAGCUUGACACGGGCACACCAUAUAAUCUGAGUGAACCGUGCAUCCAAGGAUGUCAUUUAUGGAACUCUGUAGAUCAGGAAAGCUGUGCUUUAAAGUGUAAUGAUACCUAUGCAGCCAUUUGUGAGCGAGAAUCCUGUGAGGUCGGCUGCAGCAGUGCUGAAGGUGCAUAUGAAGAGGAAGUGCUAGAAAAUACCGACUUACCCACUGCACCCUUUGCUUCUUCCAUCGGAAGCCAUGGUGUGACAUUACGAUGGAAAUCUGCCAACAUCUCUGGAGUGAAAUAUAUCAUUCAGUGGAAAUAUGCACAACUUCCUGGAAGCUGGACUUACACGGAGGCCGUGUCCAAGCUCUCAUACGCGGUGGAGCCGCUACAUCCCUUCACUGCGUAUGUUUUUCGAGUGGUUUGGAUCUUCACAGCCCAGCUGCAACUGUAUUCGCCCCCAAGCCCCACUUACAGGACUCACCCUUCCGGAGUUCCUGAAACUGCUCCUCUCAUUAGAAACAUUGAGACCUCAAGUCCUGACACUGUGGAAGUCAGCUGGGCUCCACCUCAAUUCCCAGGUGGACCUAUUUUGGGUUAUAACUUAAGGCUGAUCAGCAAAAAUCAAAAAUUAGAUUCAGGGACACAGAGAACCAGUUUCCAGUUUUAUUCCACUCUGCCAAAUACCACCUACAGGUUUUUUAUUGCAGCAGUAAAUGAAGUUGGUGAGGGGCCGGAAGCAGAAUCUAGUAUUACCACUUCGUCCCCAGCAGUUCAAGAAGAGGAACAGUGGCUCUUUUUAUCCAGAAAAACUUCUCUAAGAAAGAGAUCUUUAAAACAUUUAGUAGAUGAAGCACAUUGCCUUCAGUCAGGUGCUACACGCCAUAAUAUUACAGGAAUAUCAGUUCAUGGCCACCAGCAAGUUGUUUACUUCUCUGAAGGAACUCGCAUAUGGGUGAAGAAGGUUGCCAACAUGUCUGAUGUGUCUGACCUGAGAAUUUUUUACAGAGGUUCAGGAUUAAUUUCUUCCAUCUCUGUAGAUUGGCUUUAUCAGAGAAUGUAUUUCAUCAUAGAUGAACUGGUAUGUGUCUGUGAUUUAGAGAACUGCUCAAACAUUGAGGAAAUUACUCCUCCCUCAAUUAUGGCACCUCAAAAAAUUGUGGUUGAUUCCUACAAUGGGUAUGUCUUUUAUCUCCUGAGAGAUGGCAUUUAUAGAGCAGAUCUUCCAAUGCCAUCUGGUCACAACUCGGAAGCCAUGCGUAUUGUGGAGAGUUGCACAUUAAAGGACUUUGCAGUAAAGCCACAGUCCAAGCGAAUUAUUUACUUCAAUGACACCGCCCAGGGCUUCAUGUCAACAUUUCUGGAUGGCUCUGCUUCCCAUCUUGUCCUCCCUCAUGUCCCCUUUGCUGAUGUGAAGAGCUUUGCUUGUGAAAACAAUGACUUCCUUGUCACAGAUGGCAAGACCGUUUUCCAACAGGACUUUUUGUCUUUUAAUGAGUUCAUCGUGGGAUGUGACCUGAGUCACAUAGAAGAGUUUGGGUUCGGUAACUUGGUCAUCUCUGGCUCGUACACUCAGCUGCACCCCCUGCCGGGCCGCCCACAGCAGCUCUCGGUGCUGUUUGGCUCCCACCAGGCCCUUGUUCAGUGGAAGCCUCCUGCCCUCGCCAUAGGAGCCAGCCCUUCCGCUUGGCAGAACUGGACAUAUGAGGUGAAAAUGUCAACCCAAGACUUUCCUGAAAUCACUCAUGUUUUCUCUAACAUCAGUGGGACCAUGCUUAAUGUACCUGAGCUGCAGAGUGCUACGAAAUACAAGGUUUCUGUGAGAGCAAGUUCUCCCAAGGGGCCAGGCCCUUGGUCAGAGCCCUCGGUGGGUACUACCCUGGUGCCAGCUACAGAACCACCAUUUAUCAUGGCUGUGAAAGAAGAUGGGCUUUGGAGCAAACCAUUAAAUAGCUUUGGCCCAGGAGAAUUCUUAUCCUCUGAUAUCGGAAAUGUGUCAGACAUGGACUGGUAUAACAACAGCCUCUACUACAGCGACAUCAAAGGCGACGUUUACGUGUGGCUGCUGAAUGGGACAGAUGUCUCAGAGAAUUACCACCUUCCCAACAUUGCGGGAGCAGGGGCUUUAGCUUUUGAGUGGCUGGGUCACUUUCUCUACUGGGCUGGAAAGACGUAUGUGAUACAAAGGCAGUCUGUGUUGACAGGACACACAGACAUCGUGACUCAUGUGAAGUUGUUGGUGAAUGACAUGGUGGUGGAUUCAGUUGGUGGAUAUCUCUACUGGACCACACUAUACUCAGUUGAGAGCACCAGGCUAAAUGGGGAAAGUUUGCUUGUACUACAGGCACAGCCUUGGUUUUCUGGGAAAAAGGUAAUUGCUCUAACUUUAGACCUCAGUGAUGGGCUCCUGUAUUGGUUGGUUCAAGACAGUGAAUGUAUUCACCUGUACACAGCUGUUCUUCGGGGGCAGGGCAGCGUUGGGAAUACCACCAUCACAGAAUUUGCAGCCUGGAGUACUUCCGAAAUUUCCCAGAAUGCACUGAUGUACUACAGUGGCCGGCUCUUCUGGAUCAAUGGCUUUAGGAUUAUCACAGCUCAGGAAAUAGGUCAGAGAACCAGUGUCUCUGUUUUGGAACCAGCCAAAUUUAAUCAGUUCACAAUUAUUCAGACAUCCCUCAAGCCUCUGCCAGGGAACUUUUCCUUUACCCCUAAGGUUAUUCCAGAUUCCGUUCAAGAGUCUUCAUUUAGGAUUGAAGGAAAUGCUUCACGUUUCCAAAUUCUGUGGAAUGCUCCCCCAGCAGUAGAUUGGGGAGUAAUUUUCUACAGUGUAGAAUUUAGUGCUCAUUCUAAGUUCCUGGCUACUGAACAACAGCUUUUACCUGUAUUUACUGUGGAAGGGCUGGAGCCCUAUGCCUUAUUUAAUCUUUCUGUCACUCCUUAUACCUACUGGGGAAAGGGCCCCAAAACAUCUGUAUCACUUCAAGCACCUGAAACAGUUCCAUCAGCACCAGAGAAUCCCAGAAUAUUUAUAUUACCAAGUGGAAAAUACCACAACAAGAAUGAAGCUGUGGUGGAAUUUAGGUGGAAUAAGCCUAAGCAUGAAAAUGGUGUGUUAACAAGAUUUGAAGUUUUCUAUCAAAUAUCCAACCAAAGUGAUGAAAACAAAACAUUCGAAGACUGGAUUGCUGUCAAUGUCACUCCCUCAGUGAUGUCUUUUCAACUGGAGGGCGUGCGUCCUGGGUACACUGUCGCCUUCCAGGUUCGGGUCUUCACAUCCAAAGGACCAGGACCAUUUUCUGACAUAGUAAAGUCCAAAACAUCAGAAAUCAACCCAUUUCCGUAUCUUAUAACUCUUUUUGGGAAGAAGAUAGUUUUGUCAGAUAUGGAUCAAAAUCAAGUUGUGUGGAUGUUUUCGGCAGAAAGAGACAUCAGUGCUGUGGGCUACACAGCUGAUAAUGCUAUGGGGUAUUAUGCUCAAGGAGACUCGCUCUUCCUUCUAAACAUGCACAAUCGGUCCAGCUCUGAGAUUUUCCGAGAUGCACUGGUUUUUGAUAUCACAGUUAUUACAGUUGACUGGAUUUCAAGACACCUCUACUUUGUGCUGAAAGAAUCCCAAAAUGGAAUGCAAAUAUUUGAUGUUGAUCUUGAACACAAGGUGAAACAUCCCAGGAAGCUAGAAAUUUGCAACAGAAAUUCAACAAUAAUCUCUUUUUCUGUAUAUCCUUUUUUAAGUCGCCUGUAUUGGACAGAAGUUUCCGAUUUUGGCUCUCAGAUGUUCUACUACAGUAUUAUCAACCAGACCUUGCACCGCAUUCUGCUUCCCACAGCCACAAACCAUCCAAAUGGAGGGGGCCAAUGUUCUUGCAAUGUGACUGAAUUUGAGUUGGGUGGAGCAAUGACUAUUGAUACCUCUGACCUAAAGAACCCACAGAUAUACUUUGUCAAAGGGCAAGAGAUCUGGGCCAUGGAUCUGGAAGGAUGUCAGUGUUGGCAGGUUAUCAUGGUGCCUGCUUUGCUGGGAAAAACACUUGUUAGCUUAACUGUGGACAGGGAAUUUAUAUAUUGGAUUGCCACAGUGAAGGAUAGCACACAGAUUUAUCAAGCAAAGAAAAGCAAUGGGGCCAUUCUCUCCCAGGGGCAGGCCCUAAGGAGUAAGCAUAUCCUGGCUUACAGUUCAGUUCUGCAGCCUUUUCCAGAUAAAGCAUUUCUGUCUCUAGCUUCAGAUAUUGCAGAGCCAACUAUACUUAACACCACUAACACUAGCCUCACAAUCAGAUUACCGCCUGCCAGGACAAACCUCACAUGGUAUGCCAUCACCAGCCCUACUCCAACAUACCUGGUUUAUUACAAAGAAGUUAAUGGCGGAACAAACAGCUCAGAACUGAAAUACAGAAUGCUGGAAUUUCAGGAGUGUAUAGCCCUUAUUGAAGGUUUACAACCAUUUUCAAUAUACGGGAUACAGAUAGCUGUAAAGAAUUAUUAUUCAGAUCCUUUGGAACAAUUACCUCUGGGAAAAGAGAUUUGGGGAAAAACUAAAAGUGGAGUACCAGAGGCCGUUUGGCUCAUUAACACAACCGUGCAGUCAGACACUAGCCUCCUUGUAUCCUGGAGAGAAUCUCACAAGCCAAAUGGACCUAGAGAGUCAGUCCGCUAUCAGUUGGCCAUCUCACAUCUGGCCCUAAUUCCCAAGACUCCUCUAAGGCAAAGUGAAUAUACAAAUGGAAGGCUCGCUGUCCUUGUUACUAGCUUGUCUGGUGGAAAACUAUAUGUGUUAAAGGUUCUGGCCUGCCAUGCCGAGGAAAUGUGGUGUGCUGAGAGUCAUCCUGUCACUGUUGAAACAUUUGGCACGCCAGAGAAACCUUAUGCCUUGGUUCCAGAGAACACAAGUUUGCAAUUACAUUGGACGGCUCCAUCUAAUGUUAACCUCCUCAGAUUUUGGUUUGAACUCCAGAAGUGGAAGUACCAUGAGUUUUACUAUGUUGAAGCUUCGUGCAGCCACGGUCCUGCUUAUGUCUGUAACAUCACAAAUCUACAACCUUGUACUUCCUACAAUGUCCGCGUAGUCGUGCUUUAUAGGACAGGAGAAAAUAGUACCUCACUUCCAGAAAGCUUUAAGACUAAAGCUGGAGUCCCAAGUAAACCAGGCAUUCCAAAAUUAUUAGAAGGGAGUAAAAAUUCAAUACAGUGGGAAAAAGCUGAUGAUAAUGGAAGCCGACUUAUGUACUAUAUCCUGGAGAUCAGACAGGGUACUUCAAAUGAUUCACAGAACCAGGCUUUAAUGUGGAAGAUGGCAUUUAAUGGAUCCUGCAGUAACAUUUGCAUAUGGAAGUCCAAAAACCUGAAAGGAACAUUUCAGUUACGAGUAGUAGCUGCAAAUGCUCUAGGAUUUGGUGAAUAUAGUGGAAUCAGUGAAAAUAUUCUAUUAGCUGGAGAUGGUUUUUGGAUACCAGAAACAAGCUUUAUACUUACUAUUAUAAUCGGAAUAUUUCUGGUUGUUACAGUCCCACUGACCUUGGUCUGGCAUAGAAGAUUAAAGAAUCUAAAAACUCCCAAGGAAGGUCUAACAGUUCUCAUAAACGAAGACAAAGAGUUGGCUGAGCUUCGAGGGCUGGCGGCUGGAGUAGGACUGGCUAAUGCCUGCUAUGCGAUACACACUCUUCCGACCCAAGAGGAGAUUGAAAGUCUUCCUGUCUUUCCUCGGGAAAAACUGACUCUACGUCUCUUGUUGGGAAGUGGGGCCUUUGGAGAAGUGUACGAAGGGACAGCAGAAGACAUCCUAGGAGUUGGAAGUGGAGAGACCAAAGUAGCAGUGAAGACUUUGAAGAAGGGCUCCACAGACCAAGAGAAGAUUGAAUUCCUGAAGGAGGCACAUCUGAUGAGCAAGUUUAAUCAUCCCAACAUUCUGAAGCAGCUUGGAGUCUGUCUGCUGAAUGAACCCCAGUACAUUAUCCUGGAACUGAUGGAAGGAGGAGACCUUCUUACCUAUUUGCGUAAAGCCCGGAUGACAACGUUUCAUGGUCCUUUACUCAGCUUGGUUGACCUCGUAGACCUGUGUGUAGAUAUUUCAAAAGGCUGUGUCUACUUGGAGCAGAUGCACUUCAUUCACAGGGAUCUGGCAGCCCGGAAUUGCCUUGUCUCUGUGAAAGACUAUACCAGUCCAUCACGGAUAGUGAAGAUUGGGGACUUUGGACUCGCAAGGGACAUCUAUAAAAAUGAUUACUAUAGAAAGAGAGGAGAAGGCCUGCUCCCUGUUCGGUGGAUGGCUCCAGAAAGUUUGAUGGAUGGAAUCUUCACUACUCAGUCUGAUGUAUGGUCUUUUGGAAUUCUGAUUUGGGAGAUUUUGACUCUUGGUCAUCAGCCUUAUCCAGCGCAUUCCAACCUUGAUGUUUUACACUACGUGCAAACUGGAGGGAGACUGGAGCCACCGAGAAAUUGUCCUGAUGAUCUGUGGAAUUUAAUGACCCAAUGCUGGGCUCAAGAACCUGAUCAAAGACCUACUUUCAAUAAAAUUCAAGACCAGCUUCAGUUAUUCAGAAAUUUAUCCUUAAAUAGUAUUUCUCACUGCAAAGAAGCAAACCCCAGUGGAGUCAUAAAUGAAGGCUUUGAAGAUGAAGAUGGAAAUGUGAUUUCCUUGAAUUCAGAUGAUAAUAUGUCCAUUGCUUUAAUGGAAACCAAGAACCAAGAAGGGUUAAAUUAUAUGGUACUUGCUACAGGAUGCAGCCAAGGUGAAGAAAAUUCUGAGGGUCCUCUAGGCUCCAAGGAAUCUGAAUCCUGUGGUCUGAGGAAAGAGGAGAAGGAACCACAUGCAGACAAAGAUAUCUGCCAAGAAAAACAAGUGGCUUACUGCCCUCCUGGCAAGCCUGAAGGCCUGAACUAUGCCUGUCUCACUCACAGUGGAUAUGGAGAUGCGUUUGAUUAAUAGCUCUGUUUGGGAAAUGCAGAGUUGAGAUAAACACUCCCAUUAAGUAGUUACUGAAAGAAAACCCUAACAGAAUGAUGUGUGGUGGUCUAUGACACCGAAUUAACACUGGGAAGUUCCAGAAUUAUAAACUUGGUUCUGAGAUCCAUUUGGUAUCAGUUGUGACAACCCUCAUGCCAACUGUCUAACCUUCUGCAGAAUUCUGAGGUGAACCUCUAAGCAUUUGGAAAGCUUAGGAAGACUUAUGAGUCUGGAAGCGAAACUGCUCUCCUUCGCCCUUGAGGUCUCUUAAACCAUUGCCCACCCUUCAGUCUAGGCUGUAACAGAAACAUCUUGGUCAGAAGUUUAGAGACAAAGUAGGUGUGUUCAGAGAGCUGAAGGAGGAGGAUGAGAAGUGUGC